AUGGUAAACUCAACAUAUUUCACUACUAUUAUACUGACUGGCUACUUUGAGGUAGGACAUACUAAAUACAUUUACUUUGCUCUUUCAAUAAUAUUGUACAUAACAAUCAUAUUAGCAAAUUCACUACUUAGUUGUGUAAUUUGUGUAGAGAGAUCUCUACAUGAACCCAUGUAUAUUUUGCUUUGUUGUUUGUCUCUUAAUGAAUUAUAUGGCAGUGCUGCAUUUUUCCCCUUUAUUUUAACCAAUAUAUUAACUGCAUCCCAUGAAGUUACAAUUGCUUCUUGUUAUGUACAGAUAUUUUGUCUGUACACAUAUGCAUCUGUGGAAUUUGGAACUUUAGCAAUUAUGUCUUAUGACAGAUAUAUGGCUAUCUGUUAUCCUUUAUUAUAUAACAAUAUAAUAACUUGUAAUAGGGUGUGCAUGUUGAUUGUAAUGGUUUGGGUUGUAUCUUUUUUAAAAUUCAUCAUAAACAUUUUUUUAAGUUUACGUUUAGAGUUAUGUGCAAAUGUUAUAGAGAAAGUGUUGUGUGACAACUAUCUUCUUGUGAAACUUGCUUGCUCUGACACCCUUGUGAAUAACAUUUAUGGUAUAAUUGGUGCCAUAGUCACUAUAGUUCUUCCGUUAAUGCUUAUUUUAUAUUCAUACAUGAAGAUUUUGAGAGUUUGCUUGAAAUCCUCUGUAGAGACUACUCAUAAGGCCAUGAGCACCUGUGCACCACACCUUGUUUCGCUCUUAAAUUUCUCUCUUGGCUGUUCAUUUGAGAUUUUCUCAAGUAGAUUUGAUAAGAUACACAUGCAUCCUGUGUUGCGUGUGAUAAUUUCAGUAUAUUUUGUGAUUUGUCCACCAAUUGUUAAUCCUAUUAUGUAUGGUAUAAGGUUGUCAAAGGUAAAGACAGCUUUUAAAAAACAUUUUUAUUUAAAGUAG